UUUUCACUCACCCUUCGGUUUACUUAUACGAAAUAUUAAUAGAAGUAGCAAAACAUGACAUUUUCCUUUCUCUCUUCUUCUUCAACCUUCAUUCAUCCUCAACUGCAGCAUAUUGUUGCCAAAAUGUCUCUUUUCGACGCCUUGUUGUUCUAUGUUAUUCAUUUUGUGGACAAGCUGGGAUUAUGGCACAGACUGCCAGUUUUGCUAGGGCUUGCAUACUUGGGGAUUAGAAGGCACUUGCACCAGCGUUACAACCUUUUGCACGUCGGAAGAAUCAACGGCCAGAAAUACGACACCAAAACAGUCUGGUAUCGGAUGGCUGACGGGACAUGCAAUCACCCUCACGACCAUCUCAUCGGUAGCCAAGGCACCUUUUUCGGUCGCAACAUGCCUCCUUCAACUUCACCAUAUGGGUUGAUGGAGCCUCACCCUACAGUUGUAGCCUCAAAGCUUUUGGCAAGGAAGAAAUUCAUAGACAAUGGGAAGCAGUUCAACAUGAUAGCAUGUUCAUGGAUCCAAUUCAUGAUUCAUGACUGGGUCGAUCAUUUGGAGGACACUGAGCAGGUGGAGAUUAAAGCUCCAGAAGAAAUUUCAUCUGGGUGCCCUCUGAAAUCAUUCAAGUUCUAUAAGACCAAAAAACUUCCAACGGGUUCGAAUUCAGAAUCUGGUUCCUUGAAUGCAAGGACUCCCUGGUGGGAUGGGAGCGUAAUUUAUGGGAAUGAUAUGGAGGGCAUGAAGAGAGUAAGGACAUUCAAAGAUGGAAAGCUGAAGAUUUCCGGAGAUGGGCUCCUUCAGCAUGACGAAAAAGGUAUCCCUAUCUCUGGUGAUGUUCGAAAUUGCUGGGCUGGAUUCUCCCUUCUCCAAGCAUUAUUUGCCAAAGAACAUAAUUCUGUAUGUGACAUGCUCAAAGUAUAUCACCCAGAUUUGGAUGAUGAAAAUCUCUACAGGCAUGCAAGAUUGGUGACUUCAGCUGUCAUUGCUAAAAUCCACACAAUCGAUUGGACUGUCGAACUCUUAAAGACCGAUACUCUUGUGGCCGGAAUGAGAAUCAACUGGUAUGGCUUUCUGGGGAAGAGGUUCAAAGAUUUUUGUGGAAAUAUAUUAGGACCAAUACUUACUGGAUUGGUUGGUCAUAAGAAGCCUAGAUAUCAUGGAGUUCCGUAUUCACUGACCGAAGAGUUUGUAAGCGUGUACAGAAUGCAUUCGCUACUGCCAGAUAAACUCGUCGUUAGGGACAUUCAGUCUACAGAUUCGGAAGACAAAUGCCCUCCCAUACUAGAAGAGAUGCUUAUGAGAGAUAUGGCGGGCAAGGAAGGAGAACGAAGACUGUCAAAAAUCGGGAUGGAGCAAAUGCUGGUAUCGAUGGGUCACCAGGCAUGUGGAGCUGUCACAUUGUGGAACUAUCCCUCAUGGUUGAGGGACCUCGUUGCACAUGACAGUAACGGAGAAGAUCGAGAAGAUCCAGUAGAUAUGGCUGCAUUAGAAAUCUACAGAGACAGAGAGAGAGGAGUUGCGCGGUACAACGAGUUCAGAAGGAACCUGCUGAUGAUUCCUAUUAGCAGAUGGGAAGAUUUGACAGAUGAUCAAGAAGUUGCAGAAGCUCUUAAGGAGGUGUAUGGAGAUGACGUCGAGAAGCUUGAUUUGCUAGUCGGACUACACGCGGAGAAGAAGAUAAAGGGCUUCGCGAUUAGCGAGACGGCUUUCUUCAUCUUUCUGCUGAUUGCAUCAAGGAGGCUAGAAGCUGAUCGUUUCUUCACGACCAAUUUCAACUCGAAGACAUACACGGAGAAAGGCCUCGAAUGGGUUAACAAGACCGAGACUUUGAAGGACGUCAUCGAUAGGCAUUUUCCAGACAUGACAAGGAGAUGGAUGAAGUGUUCGAGUGCCUUUUCGGUGUGGGAUUGGGAGCCAAAUCCAGAAAGCUACUUACCCUUAUAUCUGAGACCAGCUCCAUGAUUAUGUUUGUGAUCAUGGAGGCUUUUCUCUGCUUGGAAAUCUUGUGCAUACCUAAAGCAUGCAUUGCCAAUAAUUUUUAAAUUAGUAUAAAAUUCAAGUUAUCGUCACCUGGAAAUGAUUAGAAAACAUAAAUUUGUGUUGCAUCGAAGAUUUUAUUAAAUUCGUUAAAAUUGAAUGACAAAAACCAAACAAGAAUUA